CCGCAAAAUCCCGGUUUAUUGGUUUUUCUUUUUUGCGGUUACGGGUCCGAUACCCGUGAGGGGCGGGGCGCGGCCGCGCGGGUUUAGCAUUCUUUAUACAUCGGAUCCCAGCACUGCACCCUAACCGGACCGCUUCCAAAAAGGAACGCUCCUAGGACACAGCACAGCUGCAUCAAGAGCAGCUGAACAAAUCUGUAACACCAAAGCAGACCAGAAAACAACACAUACAAGGCAAACUGCGUCAAACAACAGCAGCCAUCCAGCAACAAACCAGAAAUCAAAACACUACAAGCUAAUUGUAACAAGCAGCAGAAUUACAACCCACCGAGCCUAUGGUUGUUGAGACUUUCUCUGAUUACCCACCUCUUGGUCGUUUCGCCCUGCCGAAACCCUCAUGUCAGUUGUAGGGCCAUGGAUCCCGGUACGUUGGCUUUGCACCUGAUGAUCUCCACCUCCACGGCCACUGUCCCUCUACACAGCAAACAAUCGACUACUAGACACGGCAAAGGUAAAUUAAGCUUGCAUACCUUUUAGACUGAAUUCUGUCAUGAUUUGGUUGUAAGCAGGGUGUAAGAGAAAGUACAUCAUCACAUUUGUGUUCCACAUCAAACUUUGCAGACCUCCAAAACAAUGAUAAAUGAUCAAACAUUCUCUUACUCCACGUCUCGAUUAUUUUUUGAAUUUCUCAACUAUUGGUCAAUGGAAUUACAGCAUAAGAGAAGCUGUAAACCGUGGUUAUGCCUACAAAGCCCUCACUCUCUUCCGCAAAAUAAAGCAAAAUGGCAUCGAACCAAAUAAUCUGACAUUCCCCCAUGUAGCAAAAGCAUGUGCCAAGAUCUCCAAUCUCAAAUACUCCCAAAUCAUUCACACCCAUGUCAUGAAAUCUCCAUUUUGGUCUCAUAUCUUUGUGCAAACAGCAAUAGUUGACAUGUACGUCAAAUGCAAUCAGUUGGAUGAUGCACACAGGUUGUUUAUGAGGAUGCCCGUGAGAGACGUAGCUUCUUGGAAUGCAAUACUUCUUGGGUUUGCUCGGUCAUGUUUUCUUGAUAGAGUUUCAUGUCUUUUGCAUGAGAUGAGGUUUGCAGGGAUUCAGCCUGAUUCAGUUACAGUUAUGGGGCUCACUCAAGCGGUUUUGCAUACUAAGAGUUUGAAAUUGGUAAAAUCGCUUCAUUCACUUGGAAUUCAAAUUGGCAUAGAUGCUGAUGUUUCUGUUGCUAACACCUGGAUUGCUGCAUAUGCCAAAUGUGGUGACUUGGGUUUGGCGGAGAUGGUAUUUAAUGAGAUCAACAUAAGUGUGAGGACAGCUGUCUCAUGGAAUUCCAUGAUCGCAGGGUAUGCAAAUUUUAAAAAUGUCUUUCAUUCUGUUAAUUGUUACAAAUGCAUGCUGCAUGACGGAUUUAGACCUGAUUUAAGCACCAUUGUUAGUAUACUUUCAUCAUGUGUGCAAUCAGAGGCACUAUUUCAAGGUAUGCUGAUUCAUUCUCAUGGAAUCCACUUGGGUUGUGAUUUAGAUAUAGCUGUGGUCAAUACCCUUGUGUCAAUGUACUCCAAGUGUGAAGAUGUGGAUUCUGCAAGAUUUUUGUUUGACAGCAUGUCUGACAGAACUUGUGUUUCUUGGACUGCUAUGAUUAGUGGGUAUGCUGAAAAAGGGGAUAUGAAUGAAGCGUUGGCCUUGUUUAAUGCCAUGGAAGCAGCUGGUGAUAAACCUGAUUUGGUCACUGUGCUUUCUUUGAUCUCAGGUUGUGGCCAAAUAGGUGCACUCGAGCUUGGGAAAUGGAUUGAUGACUAUUCCAUUUCAAAUGGAUUAAAAGAUAAUCUGAUAGUUUGCAAUGCAUUCAUUGACAUGUAUGCAAAAUGUGGAAGUAUAAAUGAUGCUCAAGAGCUAUUUUAUGCCAUUCCUGAGAAAAGUGUUGUCUCUUGGACAACUAUGAUUGCAGGUUGUGCUUUAAAUGGAGAAUUUACAGAAGCUCUGUACCAUUUCUCUCAGAUGUUGGAGUUGGGGCAGAAGCCAAACCACAUAACAUUUCUUGCUGUUCUUCAAGCUUGUACUCACGGAGGUUUACUUGAGAAAGGAUGGGAGUACUUUGCUAUGAUGACUAAAAAAUAUGAUAUAAGUCCUGGAUUAGACCAUUAUUCCUGUAUGGCAGCUCUUCUUGGACGCAGAGGAAGGCUAAAAGAAGCAUUGGAGUUCGUUCAAAACAUGCCUAUCAAGCCUGAUGCAGGCAUAUGGGGUGCAUUGCUUAGUGCUUGCAAGGUUCACCGUAACAUAGAGAUUGGCGAAUAUGCUUCGUGCCAACUCUUUGAAUUGGAGCCCCAGGUGGCAGUUUCAUACGUAGAGAUGGCUAACAUGUAUGCAUCAGUAGGAAGGUGGGAUGGGGUUGCAGCAAUACGAACAACAAUGAAGUCUUACAAAGUGAGAAAAUUUCCUGGACAAAGCCUCAUUCAAGUGAAUGGGACAACUCAUAUAUUUACAGUUGAGCAUAGAGGUCAUCCUGAAGGCAGGCUUAUAUAUGAAAUGUUGGAUGCUUUAACUUUGCAUUUGAAGAAAGGAUACUUGCAACAUGCAGAUGGAGCUGAACAUGAUUUGUGAUGAGGUCCCCAUGGGAGUAGCGUUUUUCGCUUGGUUGGCCACCAUAGAGAAGAUCCUCACCAUAGAUAACCUAAGAAAGUGCAAGCGCCAUGUCUUAGUCGUUGAUUGGUGCUGUAUGUGUAAGAGGAAUGGGUAGUCUAUGGAUCAUCUUCUACUCCAUUGUGAGAUUGUUAUAGCCUUAUAGAAUGCUCUCUUCAGCCGCGUUGGUUAGCUUGGGUUAUGCCAAGACAAGUGGUAGACCUUUUCACACUACAUUAUUCUCAAGUUGACUAGAAUACUCUCUCUCUCUCUCUCUCUCUCUCUCUCUCUCCUUCCUGUAUAUUUCUUUCGAAUAUUGAUUUAUAAAAAAAAUUAUUAAAGUUUC